AUGAGGAUCUCGCAGAGUCGCCAGAAGAGUUAUACCGACAACAGAAGUAAGGAGCUGGAAUUUCAAGCUGGAGAUCAUGUCUUGUUGCGAGUUACCCCGAUGACAUGUGUCGGAAGGGCGAUCAAGUCGAAGAAGCCUACUCCAAAGUUCAUUGGACCGUACCAGAUUACGGAGCGGGUUGGACCAGUGGCAUAUAGGAUUGCAUUGUCGCCAUUCCUAUCCAACAUUCAUGACGUACUUCAUGUGUCGCAAUUGUGGAAGUACAUGGCUGAUGACUCUCAUGUUAUUGAACCUGAUGAUAUUCAGCUAAAGGAUGAUCUGACGAUGGUAAUGCCACCCAUCAAGAUCGUCGACAAGAGUACCAAACGCUUAAGAAACAAGGAGGUAUCCUUGGUGAAAGUGAUUUGGAAUCAAGCGACGGGCGACGCUACGUGGGAAUUAGAGAGUAAGAUGCGGGAGUCACAUCCCGAGUUGUUUGUAGAACCUUAG